AUGCCUAGACGAUCUUGGAAAAAAACGCUUAUAAACAAUCUAACUUCACGAAGCCGCAACUCGUCUCAAGAACACCUAGAAGAGCAUCGUCAUCAAACUGAUCAGGAUUCUCAAACCUCUCACAGUGAAGACUCAUUAAAUACAGAACAUAAUCAGGUUUCUGCUCGUCCCAAACGUGCUGCUAAAGUGAGAUGCUUGCAAAAUUUGACUGAAAUUACACGAGCAGAAAGGUCUUAUGAUUUAGAUGUUUCACGAGAGCGUGCGGCCCAACGUGUAGCUAAUGAAAAUAACGAACAACGAGAGCGACGUCUACAAGAUUUGCGGCAGCGUGCGGCAGAGAGUGUAGCUUCUGAGAAUGAUGAACAACGAGAGCGUCGUCUGCGAGAUUUGCGCCAGCGUGCGGCACAUCGUGUAGCUACUGAAAAUGACGAACAACGAGAUCAACGUCUGCAAGAUUUGCGACAGCGUGAGGGAAAACGUGUAGCUACUGAAAAUGACGAACAACGAGAUCAACGUCUGCAAGAUUUGCGGCAGCGUGCGGCACAACGUGUAGCUACUGAAAAUGACGAACAACGAAAUCAACGUCUGCAAGAUUGGCGGCAGCGUGCGGCACAACGUGUAGCUACUGAAAAUGACGAACAACGAGAACAACGUCUGCAAGAUUUGCGGCAGCGUGCGGCACAACGUGUAGCUACUGAAAAUGACGAACAACGAGAUCAACGUCUGCAAGAUUUGCGGCAGCGUGGGGCACAACGUGUAGCUACUGAAAAUGACAAACAACGAGAUCAACGACUGCAAGAUUUGCGGCAGCGUUCGGCACAACGUGUAGCUAAUGAAAAUGAGGAACAACGAAAGCACCGAUUAGAAGAACAAAGACGUCGAGACGGAAGACGACGUAGGGCUUUAGAACUUAAUAUUUGUUUGCCGACUUAUAAAUGUGCCGUUACUGCAGCUGUGCAAUAUCACGCCUUAGGACCAUUUGAAAUUUUGUGUAUCCAUUGUGGUGCAUUGCAUUUCGCUGAGGAACGCGUUUCUAAUCGUAUAAAUAGAAAUUCUUUUGGUGACUGUUGUUUGCAUGGACGAAUUGUAAUGGAGCAACCAAAAUUUUCAAAUGAAUUAGUACGUCUCUUUUUAAACCGUCACCCAUAUUCGGAAGAAUUUCAUAAAAAAAUAAGAAAGAUAAACGCAUCUUUUGCUCUAGCAUCCUUCAAUGUAGAAGAUGAUAGAACAAUAAAUAGCCGUGGAAUUUAUGGUUUUAUUGUUUGCGGACUAGUAUAUCAUAAAAUGAAUAUGGCAGCACAUCCGACCCAAAAUGAUGUUGGUGUCUUUGAACGGCCACAGUAUGGACAACUAUACUUUUUAGACCCUGAUGAAGCCGUGAAUGAAAGAGUUAAUCAUCCACUCAAUUCAGGAAUUACUACCUCAAUGAUGAAGUUAUUGGAGUUUAUCAUUCGAGCGCAAAAUCGUUAUGCACAGGGAUAUAUAAUGAUGCGAGAAGUAGAGGAUGAAAUGAAUCGGUUAACUUCUGCCCAAGGGUUUCCCCCACCAUACGUAAAUCUUUUAUUUAGACUUCCAGAUGAAGCUGAUCGCAGAAGGUUCAAUAUACCGGCGUGUAAUGAGGUUUGUGCAGUUAUUACACUAAGUGCUGCUCAAAGCUUUCCAGAAAAUGAAAUGAUUGUUCAUCAGCGCAAUAAAAACAUUGUCUCUCUAAGUAAUGUUGAUAAGCGAGUUGAGCCAUUUACUUAUCCAUUAUUUUACCCCGCUGGCACGGAUGGUUUUAGCCCAGAUUUGAAGUUACAAACGCCUUAUGCAAGCCGCAGUCAUUUAACUAGGCUUGAACUGGCACAAUACAGGCUUUCGUUUCGACCAGAAUUUGUUAAAUUUUUAACAGAGUCUCCAUCAACAGAAGUACCCGAUAUACGGGAACUUCCAUUUAAUGCACUGCACUUUGGGGGUCGAUUAUUUCAACAAUAUUUAGUGGAUACUUACAUUCGUGUAGAGCGUGACCGUAUUCAGUGGAUAAAAUACAACCAAAAUAAAAUUCUGGCUGAACAAUAUACGGGAGUAACCAGUUUCAUUAACCAACUUGCCGAAAAAAAAAAUGCCAGAGUUGAUGAACAGAUUAUUUUACCCUCUUCUUUUCCUGGUUCAACGAGGUAUUAUACAGAAAUUUUUGAAGAUGCAAUGGCAAUCGUUCGAAGGCUUGGAUCACCUGAUUUCUUUAUCACCAUGACAUCAAAUCCUAACUGGCCAGAAAUAAAACAGGCAUUGCAAAUAAAUUUAGAAGAUGGAACAAUCUUGCAACAGCUUCCGCAGGAUCGUCCUGAUAUCGUGGCUCGAGCUGCUAAGUUAAAAUUUGACCAAUUAAUAGAAGAUUUAGAUAAAAAACAAAUCUUUGGAAAAGUAUCGGCUUUUGUAUACACUAUAGAAUUUCAGAAACGAGGAUUACCACAUAUGCAUCUGCUUAUAAUUAUGUCAUCUGAUGACAAGAUUCAUCAACCAGAAGAGCUCGAAGACUUGAUUUCAUCCGAAAUACCCGGAAAUGAUGACUUAGAGUUAAGAGAAUUAGUACUCCAAUGGAUGAUUCACAACCCAUGUGGCGAUUUAAAUCCCAAUGCAACUGGUAUGGUUCAUAAAAACGGAAGAACAAAAUGUCGGUUCGACUUUCCAAAAUCGUACCAGGAAGUUACGUCUUUAGUAGAUGAUGGUAAACCAAAUGACCGACGACGCUACAAUCCGCAGUUGGACCCUCAUAGUCCCCAAUUUUCACACGAACAUGCGGUUUAUCGAAAAGACAUAAACGGUCGUCGUAUAACAAGAGAUAAUCGUCAUGUAGCCCCCUACAACGCCUAUUUAUUGAAAAAAUAUAAUUGUCAUAUAAACGUUGAGUACGUAGGGAGUAUUUUGGCUGUGAAAUAUCUUUAUAAAUACAUUUAUAAAGGACACGAUUGUGCAUCGAUCAAAGUUGUAGAAGAACAAAGGACACUGAUUUAUGAUGAAGCAAAUACGUACAUUGAAGGACGUUGUGUCACGCCACCAGAAGCAUGGUGGCGAUUAUUUGCUUUUGAAAUUCGAAAAAAAAGUCAUAGUGUCCAACGACUGGAUAUUCACUUACCAGGACAGUAUCGGAUCGCAAACUUGGACCAAACCCAUGAAGAUUUAGCCGAUAUUGGCCAAAAAGGGUCUACUCUAGAGGCUUAUUUUAAGCACCGAUAA